AUGGACAUCGGCGUGGUGAGCGCCUCCGACUACCUGCGCCGCUUCUGCUCGCGGCUCGGGCUGGGCAACCAGGAGGUGCGCGACGCGCAGGAGGCCGUGCGCAGGCUCGAGGAGCGCCUCGACGUCCGCCGCAACCCCGAGUCCAUCGCCGCCGCCGUCAUCUACAUGGUCGUGCAGCGCGCCGGCGCCACCAACUCCGUCAAGGACGUGUCCGUCGCCACCGGCGUCGCCGAGGGCACCAUCAAGGAGGCGCACAAGGACCUCACCCCGCACGCCCACAUGCUCUUCGCCCCUGUCACCGCCCACGACAUUAUUAACCCCGUUCAAGCUUGA